GCAUUACUUAUGGGCUCCUGGCCCUCGUUUCAGCGGGCUUCUAGACCUUUCAGCGGUGUACGCCUGGGCCAGCCAUCUCCCCAGUGCUGGGCACACGAGUGGUUUCCGAAGUGACCUGGUCACGCACCUCCUUAGAAGCAGGGAGUUCGCCCGCCCCCUCCCGUCCAGGGUGGGGAGGAGGUGGGGGAGGAGGGCCGGGAGGCGACCUGGGGGAGGGGGAGGUCGUCUUCCGGGCUGGGCGUGGGCUGGGCGAGGUCCCCGGCCCACCGGGCCCGGCCAACAAUGGCCAGUUGUGGAAGGAGGCUGCAGGAAUGCGGCCGGGGGAGUCGGGCGGUGGGGCGGUGGCGGCGGCGGCGGCGGCGGCGGCCGCGGGGCGGGGCCGGGUGGCAGCCGCAGCCUCUUACCUGUCCAGGUAGCUCGCAUUUCCCGGAGAGCGGCGGCGCCCGCAGCACCUGUCGCCCGGCGCGCGGGCGGGGAGGACGGCGCGGGUCAUGGCCUGCUAGAGGCUCCUGGGGAGACGGUGCGGAGUCCAGUCUCGGGCAGGGCAGGCCAGGGAGGGACAGUCCUCCCCGGCGCCCGCGCGGCCGGCGGCAGCAUGAAGAAGAACCCGACGGUGCAGGGCACCUUCAGCAAACUCUUUGGCAAGAAGCACGCCAACCCGCCCGCCACCUCCCUCUAUGCCACCAAUCCCCCCUGGAUUUUCACCCAGGAGGCCCCGGAGGAGGGGACCCGGGACUUCGAUGGGAUCUAUUAUGGAGACAACCGAUUUGACACAGUGAGUGAAUCGGGAACCGCCACGCUGAAGGCUCGGCCAAGAGUCCGGCCCCUGCUGACGUUUCUUCCACUGGAUGCCCAGGAGAACCAUGGACUGGCUGUACCCACCCCCUCUGUCCCACACGACUUUGCAGACAAAAAAGUGACAGGCGCCAGCACGCUCGUCAACGGCAACCUCCGGUUAUACAGCUCCGUGGGGGACCUAAGGCCUGGCUGCUAUGAUGACUCACUCAUCCCCCCACCUCCCCCAGGCCCCGCGCCGCCACCACCCUCGGCCCCAUCGCAGCCUCCACGGGAGCCCUCGCCACCACCUCCACCUGCCACAGCUCCUCCGCCUCCUCCCCUGCUGCUGGAACCCCCUCCACCACCCAGCACGGCCCCACCCCUGCCCCCGGUAAUGGGGGCCCUCUCCUCCCCAUCCACACCCACCCCUCCUGACUUCAUUCCACCUGCGCCCCCCUUGACCGCUCAGGCCCCGCCCCCGCCCCUUCUGCCAGCCCCAGCACCCCCAGCUCCCGUGUCCCCUCGUAACACCGGGACUCCCCUCUUUCCCACCUCGGGUGUCACCAAGUGGAAAUCGGAGGCAGCACUGAAUGGCAGGCAGCCAGAGGCCCCCCGAAGCAGCCCCCCCAGGAGCCCUGCUGAGCCAGAGGGGAGCCUCCUGGGACCUAAGCCAGAGCCCCACCUCACCUUCCCCCGCUCAUUCAAGGUGCCGCCCCCAACCCCAGUCAGGACUUCGUCCAUCUCCACUCAGGAAGCACAAGAGGCUCUUCCCUGGGAAGAAGGGGCCACCAAGAAGGCCUCCAGUCGACUCCCACUGCCUCCCAGCUUCCACAUCCGCCCCGCGUCGCAGGUCUACCCCGACAGGGCCCCUGAGCCAGACCGCCCCGAGGAGCCCGGGGCUUUAGCACCGGCCAGCCCGAGGCCAGGCCAGUCCCGGGCCUGGACCAGGGAACAGGCUGAGACUCCACCUCCGGCCCCGCCCCUGCCCCCUCCCCCACCCCCCCUCCCUCCCCCCGCACCCCCACUGCCCCCUGCUGCCCCUCCUUUGCCAUCUGCGGAGAAGGCAGCCCCUCCACCUCCUGGAUUUAAGAAAGGCCCCAAGUCUGGCUCUCCUGCUCCCAAACCCAAACCCGACCCCCCCAGCCCAGAGGACACAGGCUCCUCAGAGUCUGUGGACUGGCGGCAUCCCAGCCAGAUGGAGAAGCUACGGAAUGAGCUGUCAGCCUACCUUUCUGGCUCCAGGAGAGAGGACCGAUUCCCCGGUCACAGGCCAGUCCCAACUGCAGCCUCCCAGGUGAAGGAGAGCCAGAAGGGCCUUGGCCUGCCCCAGAAGGAGGCCCCCUCCAGUGCUCCUGAGGAGAGUCCCUGCAGCCUGCCUGAGAAGGAGGCGGCCACCAGCCUGACCCUACCCCCUGUGGACUACAGCCCCCAAGACUCACCAGCUCCCAGUGUGCGGCAGAUCCGGAAUAAGCUGGAGGCCCAGCUCUCCUCAUCAGCAGAGGAUGCCAAGCCCAGCAUAGGGUCUCUGCCUCCCAAACCUCGGCUAGAAGGGAGAAGAAUCUUUGAAAACAGGGUUGAUAAUGGCAAAUUCUCCAAGCCUGUGGCCAAGACUCUGCCACCUCUGUCCGCCACCCCUCCACGAACCACACCACUCCAGUCCCAGGCCACGCCUGGACCAGCUACACCAUGUCAGGCCACGCCUGGACCAGCUACACCAUGUCAGGCCACACCUGGACCAGCCACACCACCCCAGGCCACACCUGGACCAGCCACACCACCCCAGGCCACACCUGGACCAGCCACACCACCCCAGGCCACACCUGGACCAGCCACACCACCCAAGGCCACACCUGAACCAGCCACACCACCCAAGGUCACACCUGGACCAGCCACCACACCACCCAAGGCCACACCUGGACUAGCCACACCACCCAAGGCCACGCCUGGACUAGCCACACCACCCAAGGUCACACCUGGACUAGUCACACCACCCAAGGUCACACCUGGACUAGUCACACCACCUAAGGUCACACCUGGACUAGUCACACCACCUAAGGUCACGCCUGGACCAGCUACCACACCACCCAAAGCCAUGCCUAUACCAGCCACACCACCUAAGUUCACACCUGGACUAACCACAUCACCUAAGGUCACACCUGGACUAGCUACACCACCUAAGUUCACACCUGGACCAGCCACAACACCUAAGUUCACACCUGGACUAGCCACACCACCUAAGGCCACUCCUGGACCAGCCACACCACCCAAGGCUACACCUGGACCAGCCACAUCACCCAAGGCCACUCCUGGGCCCAUCACACCAUCUGCAGCCACAACUUUGCCCAUCGCUUCAUUCCAGCUGACACCAGAGAAGAACCUAGUCCCAGCUGGGCAGUGGGAGAAGCCAGAACGUCAAGAGCUUACAGGGCCAUCCAGGCCAGAGGCAGAAGGGCGCUCCCCAGAGGCCAGUAAGCCUCCUACACAGGGAGCUCUCUCAUCUCCAGCCCUUCCCCCAAAGACAUCCCCCAGCCGAGAAGAGGUGACAUUUCUCUACAAGCUCCAUCGCAGCCAGAACAGUCCCAGCAGAGAGGUGGCUAUGGUGAUGCCCAUGCCGCCCACAGGAGAGACUGCCAGGGCAGGGGAGCCUGUGGAGGUGAAGGAGCCCCAGGGGCUGCCAGCCAAACCCCCAACCUCAGCCCAGCCUACUGACGAAUUCCUAAGGCACCCGGUGACGGGGGAGGUGGUGGAGAGGGGCUCCCCGAUGGCCCUGCUCCUGGCAGUCAGGCAGAGGGCACAGAAGGGGAGGCCCAGAGGGGCUGCUUUGGACCGGUCCUCGCUGCCAGGGAGUCUCCGUGGCCACAGCCAGCCAGAGGCAGGCUCUGACAACACCCUCUACAGAGAAGGCCUGCCCAACUCCUUCACUGUGGUACCCAAGGUACCCAGUCAGUGGAAGCCUCAGCCCGGCAGAGACCUAGAGGACACAGAGCCCAGCCGCAGGCACAGGUGGACAAAGGCAGAACCCCAGGGCCCCGCCGCCUGGGAAAAAUCAGCGCCCUCCAACGUUCCCCAGGGCCAUAUGCUGCCCAAGUCCUUCUCUUCCCCUCCGUCCCCCCACAAGAAGGAGGAGGAGGAGGAGUUCAACUUUGAGGUCAUCCCACCGCCGCCAGAGUUCAGCAAUGACCCCCAGCCCCCGGUCCCGGCCCUCCAGUAUCUGGGGCCCCGGGCCUCCCCUCCCCGGCACAACUUCUCAGACUCCGGGCCCUCCUCUGACGCCGGCUCCGCUCGCACCUUCUCCCGCUUUCCCACGGAUGCCGGCUCCGCUGGGGGCACGGGAGGCCUGGACCGAUUCUCGGGCGGGAGCCGUUCGCUCAUCAAGAAGCGCCUGUACGUCGGGGAGCCCCACCGCAGUCCCGGGCCGCCCCGCGGCGGCACCGGCCGCAGCCUGAGCACCCCCAACUGCUUCGGGCCGCCUCCCGGAGGGCCCUUCGCAGCUCCCGGAUGCCCGGAGAUGCGGAGAGUCAACUCGGCGGGCCGCGCGCCGCCGGGCGGCCUGCACGCUCUGAAGAUGUCCCUAGAGGGCGCCGCCCGCGGAGAGGCCAAGUACAAGGCGCCCGGCGGCGGCGACUGCGGCCGCCCCCCGGCUGCUAGCAGGACUCCCCACAGCAACCCCCACUAUGGAGGCUCCAUCAACACAUUCACCGUGAGGCCCGGAACCCGCCAACCCAUCUCCUAUGCCUACUCGGGGGCCCAUCGAAAGGCUCCAUCCUGAAUCCAGGGUCUUCUCAGUUCUCCUCCAAGGGGUCAGAUCCCGGCACUUGAUUUGUAGGGGUGGGAGGGACGCACCAGGUGUGAGGGGGCCUCACUCAGAGGCGGAGGAGUCGUUGACAGACGACAAGGAGUGAAGCAGUGGCCCCAGGACGAUCAAGAUUAGACUUCGAUGGGUCCCUGCUGUGGUUCAUGUUCAAUCCCUGGUCCUGGGACUUGUGGCCGAAAAAAAAAAAAAGGAAGAAAAUUGGCCUUUUGUUUCCCAAAGCCCUGGUGUGACUGUGGACUGUCUGCAGAUGGGGUGGGAGGGGGAAGCAGGGGAGAGAGGAUGACCUUUGAACGACUCGGAGCCUUGAGUUUUCCCUGUCCAGUACUAUUUACUUUAGUAAGGCUCAUUUAAAGCAUUUUUCCAAGCAGGCCUGCUGAGCAGGUUCUGAAAGCGGGGGCUGGGGCACUCUGAAUGGGAACCCAUUGGGAUGGCUGGGAUUACUGGCCUCAUAAAAGGCUGAGGUUCUUCGGCCUCCAUCCAUCCACCAGUUGCCACUCUACGAGGUGACACCUGGGGUUCCUAGAUUAGAAGCCACAUUGAGGUGGGACCAGGAAUAUGCACAUACAACCUAUGGAGAAGGUCCUGGAACAAAAUGCUUUGCGUUGACCAAGGGUGGGGAUCGGGGCACGGAUGGUUGGUUGAUUUCUCCCUGGCCCUUAACUACAAGAAAGCCUAGAGGGAGAGAGAAGAUUGAAAGUAUGGGAUGGAAGACAGAGGAUUAAGGCUUUGCAUUUCUGCUCAGAUCCAGGCAGCCAUGAUUUGGGGGACUGGGCCCGAGGAGCCAGAAAGCCUGGGGCUUGACACGAGAGGCCUUACAUGGCAGGUCCCAUGUAGGAUUUGGGAGGCCAUCAUUCCCAGUCCCAUACUACAGGUCUCCAAUAUUAUUUAGGCCUUAAAAUGUGUGAUCAAGAUGCCAGAAGGUCUUGGAGAGUGGGAGGCAACAGAGGUGGAGAGGAGUUUGCUGCUGGCGGGGGGAAGUGUUUUGGAAAGUCGCGAGUGGCAGGACCAGGCCCAUGCAGGGCAGGGAGCCCUGUCAGUCGGGAGACCAUUUGUCCUUUGCCUGGAGAGUCUGGGUCAGGGCUUGUUUCCCAGUGAAUUCGAACCCCUUCCACUUUCAAAAAAAUCCUGGUUCGGACUUUUUUGAGGUCUAGUCACCACACCUGUCAGAAGACAGUAUUCCCUGGUGAAUCUUCUGUCUUCAGGUUUGGUGGGUCAAAUUCCUGGAGCCAGGCCAAGGCCAGCUACCUGGGUAAGAAGGCAGGACAGAGGAGCGGGCCAGUCAGGGCAGCCAGGGAGCAGUUCCCUUUGGGGGGCAUGAUGUUGGACCUUUGUGAUGUGUGCUAACCAGCCAAGGUCCCGGGGUGUGGGGACAACAGAUGAGCCACUUCAAGGAAAGAGAUUGCAAGGCUAGGCAGGCGCCCUGAUGGGGCAGGAGCUGGUUACUGGUGUCCAAGAAGCGAACCCCACCCCACCGCCAGCCCUGGCUCUCUCUCUGUAUUUUCCCUGCACUAUGUUUUAUACAAGAGUUCACUAAUUUAUCUGCUGGGUUAAGGCUUGAGGGGUGGGAGGGGUUCCCAUCGUGGCUCAGCAGAAACAAAUCUGACUAGCAUCCAUGAGGACGCAGGUUCGAUCCCUGGACUCGCUCAGGGGGUUAAGGAUCCGGCAUUGCCAUGAGGUCACAGAUGCGGCUCAGAACUGGUGUUGCUGUGGCUGUGGUGUAGGCCGGCAGCUACGGCUCUGAUUCGACCCCUAGCCUGGGAACCUCCGUAUGCCACGGGUGCAGCCCUAAAAAAAAUAAAGAAAUAAAAAAGGCUUGAGAGGUGGGGCGUGGACCCCAGCUGGAUCUCGCUCUAUGAUGGACAGGGAAGGGCUGAUUCUCUUCUGGCUUGGGAAAUAAACAGGCCGGUUUGGAUGGCCUCCAGCUCUAUGGCUGUGGAUUGAUGUCUGGGAGCUACUGGGGAUGUGACAAGAGGCGGGGAGGGCUCAGCUGAGGAAGGCCGAGCACAGGGUGGUAGCUGAACUGGUGAGCUGUUGGGCUGGGCCCACCUCUCUCUCCUGACCCUUAGGUUUUGCUCUCCAAAUCCUUCCCAGGAAGGAGCAGAGCUGACGUCUGAUGACCAACCGUGCAAGUCUCUUUGACUCUCAGAACCUCAGUUUCUUCUUCUGUACAAUGGGUGUGAUAACCUGCCUCAUAAGGCUGCUGUGAUGAUUAGAGAGAGUCAUGCACUCCUUUAACAAGGAAUUGAGUGACUCCUAGAUGGCGGGCACUGUGCUUAGUAUGGAUACACAGCAAUCAACACGCAGACAUAUCUCCUGCCUGUGGCGAGACUGUAGUCUCGUGGAGGAGAAAGAAUGGAAGGAA